AUGAAAAGAGUAAAAGAAAGUGGGGCAUCUUCCCGUAAUAAAAGAAGAGCUAAGUUGGAAAAUAUUAGAAAAAAUGAAGGGGCUUUACUUAAAUACGUGAAAAGUCCUGUUCCUGAGAUGUCAGAUUCCACGUUGGGCUUAAAUUCAUCAAAGACAACUGGGCCUUCAAACCUAGAACAAGCUAAAAAAAUACAAGAACUUGACACUGUCGAUCUGGUACCUGUUAGAAAUGUUGACAUUGUUCCUGAAGAUCAAAUUCCAACAACAUCUACUCAAUUAGAGUCUGCAUCAGUAUGUCUAGACAUGGACCUCGAUAGCUUAGAAACAGAGACUGAUACAGCAUCGGCAUUGUCUGCUAUUCAAUACCGAAACUUGGACGAUAUCGGAAAGUGGCCUGAACACAUAGAUGAAAAUAUGCAAUUGCAUCUCAUUCAGCAAGGCCAGGAAGUUGUUCAGCAUAUCAAUACUAACUUCGCCGUAGCGUCAACAGUAACACGUUCAGAUUCGUGUUCUUUAACAUCAAAAGGAGAGACAAGACAGCUUACCCACCAGGAAUGGUUUUACCGCACAUUAACUAACGGCGAAAAAGUUUUACAUACUUGGAUGGCUUAUUCUCCUUCCAACGCAUCAUUAUUUUGCUUUUGCUGUCGUUUAUUUGAGAACGUAAACACACCGAAUGGAUCAAAGUUUUGCUCAUGUGAUGGAUUUAACACUUGGUGGAAAUUAAAUCCUAAGGUUUCAAGUCACGAAUCAAGUGCACUACACAACCAAAAUUAUUGCAAAUGGAAGGAGUUGGAGACCAGACUUAAAAAAGGACAGACUAUUGACAAGAUAGAGCAAAACUUAGUGGCAGAGGAAACAAAAAAAUGGCAAGAAAUUCUUAUCAGAAUGUUUGAUAUUAUAAAAUUCCUUGCCAAACAAAAUUUGGCUUUACGUGGCCAUACAGAAAAUGACACCAGUACUAAUAGAGGAAACUUUUUAGAAUUGGUGCAUUUAAUUGCAAAGUACGAUCCUGUACUUCGUGAACAUCUUGUAAGAUCUAAAAUGUGUGGCAAAAUUUCAAUCACGUAUAUGUCACCAGAAAUCCAAAACGAAUUUAUUGCAAUUUUGGGAAAUAAAGUUCGCCAACAUAUCAUCGGACAAAUAAAAAAGGCCAAGUAUUAUUCGAUUAUAUUCAACAGCACUCCAGACAUUUCUCAUAAAGACCAAACAAGCCAGGUAUUAAGAUACAUAGUGAUUGAAAAUCAGGAAGUACAAGUAGUGGAAUCUUUUAUAGAUUUCAUUGAAACAAAAGAUAAAACUGCUGAAGGAAUUUCAAAGAUGAUUUUGAGCAAGCUUGAAGCUGAUGGCCUCGAUAUAAGCAACUGUAGAGGCCAAGCAUAUGAUAAUGCUGCUGUUAUGGCUGGAAGGCAUUCAGGAGUUCAGCAAAGAAUUAAAGAAAUAAAUCCCAAAGUUGAAUUCGUACCUUGCUCAAAUCAUUCGUUAAACCUGGUUUGUUUACACGCUGCCUCAGUUGAGGCGAGUUCAGUAACUUUUUUCGGCAAUUAG